AUGUCUCCUCGAAAGCGCCAGCGUACCACUCCAUCUGCGUCGAAUUCAUCGAGUCCACCGCCUGCGGCAAUUGCCCCUGCGAUCCCAACGUCGGCUACGUCACAGGUCACGGCCGUCCCAGAACCCGCGAACCGACCGACGCGGGAAAUGCCUUUGAUGAGAGACAGGAGCGGCAGCGAGACGAAAAACACCCCGGAGAAUUCACAGAAACAGGUCCGCAAGGCGCGAAGUUGGUACGGCUCUUGGCCACGCGUCCCCAAGACUUCCGCAUCGACCCAGCUGGCUCGAGAAACCAUUUUCGGAGGUACUUCAAAACCUUCCAGCAUUCCCGAUUUUCGAAGAUUCGACACAAAGAAGAGCAUAGACUCGCCGAGUUUCGACGGCCCCGCAGAUUCAUCAGCAUCUUUACCACAGAUACCCGAGGACAGCACUGCAACGUCAGAGGUGGACGUUACGAUCAAGAAAGACGGCGGUGUCGCCAAAGUACAAGCUCCAUUCACAGAGACCACCAAAGGAAUAGAAGGGGCAGCGGCGAAGGUAGACGAUACGGGCAAGACGACGGAAGAGCGGCAAGCGCAAGACGUUGAACAGCCGGCCACAGCAUCAGGCUGGUUUGGGUGGCUAGCACGGGCCCCAGUGACGGAAACACAAUCAUUCACGCCGGUCGAGGAGACACCGAAGGAAGCAGAUCCCGCGCCAGAGCCAGAGCCAGAGCCACAAAACACACCAGCAGCCGAACCACUGGCCCCCGAGGCUGCUGUAGAAAACACAGGCCCGAAUCCGCCCUCAUCGACGAAUUCUUGGUUCGGGUUUUGGUACUCGAGUGCUCCCGCGACAGAGAUCUCUCCAUCCUCUGAUACUCCGAAGCCAGCCGAAAACACCCAGAUCCCCGAGGCCCCCGAGGAGCCAGUGAAGGAACCCGAAGACGUGAUCAUGGAGGACGCACCGCCGCCGAAGCCAGAACCGCCCAAGCAACCAUCGGCCGGUUCGACUUGGGCGUUCUGGUCUAGAGACACUCGUCCAAAGGCUGAGGGGACGAAGAGCCAGACAUCGCAGCCAGAAUCGGGCGAGCUUGCGGUCAUCGGCCAGGGAUCCGAAGCGCGCCCAGAGCGCACUGGAAUGAACGUUGAACAAUCACAAUCAGACCAAGCAGCGAAAGACGGAAAGAAUGCCAAGGCCUCGACAGAUACAAAGUCAUCCAAAGGCGCCAAGGCGGGUACCGCGUCAGCACCAUCAACUUUUGGAAGGAAGAGUAAGAGAAACCGACCUCACUCGAUGGACCUAGACAUACCAUCUCGACCGGGGACACCGAAUCGGCCAGAGUCAGUGGCCUCGUCAAAAGCCUCCUUGGCGGAAACAACGCCGAAAGAAUUACCCCUGAAACCGGGUACACCAAAAGCUAGCCCAAGCCAAGAGACACUUUCGAAGGCGACACCCCCAAAUCUGCUCUUGCCUUCCUUUGGAAGUACCUAUCGGAUGAAAGAAAACCCAUCCAUCAUCAAACAAAUCACUUCAUUGUUGCUUCGCACUCAGCAGCCCCCGGCGAACCACGUUUAUAGAGUAAAGGAGACGCCAAAGAUCAAGAAGGCCAUCGCGAUUGGCGUACACGGACUUUUCCCAGCGAUGUAUCUGAGACCCAUGAUUGGCCAACCGACUGGGACAUCAUUACGCUUUGCCAACCUCGGCGCCGAAGCCAUUAGGAGGUGGACCGACGCUCACGGAUGUCCCGACUGCGAAAUUGAAAAGGUCGCUUUGGAGGGCGACGGGAAGAUUGCGGACAGAGUAGACAACCUGUGGAAGCUUCUUCUUAACUGGAUUGAGCAUAUCCGCAACGCAGAUCUCAUUCUGGUAGCCAGCCAUUCUCAGGGUGUGCCUGUGGGAGUCAUGUUGCUGGCGAAACUGAUUGAUCUGGGUAUCAUAACUAAUGCCAAAAUCGGCGUUUGCGCAAUGGCCGGAGUCUCGCUGGGUCCGUUCCCAGACUACAAGUCAAGCAUGGGAAUCCUCAUGGGUGCAGCUAAUGAGUUAUGGGAAUUUUCAAACCCAGACAGCGAGAUUUCCAAGAGAUAUGAGCACUCGCUGAAAGAGGUUCUCAAAUACGGCGCGAGAAUCACGUAUAUCGGCAGCAUUGACGAUCAGCUCGUGCCGAUGGAAUCGGCCAUUUACUCGCCAGCUUCUCACCCUUACAUCUACCGCGCCGUGUUCAUCGACGGCCGCAUCCACGCGCCAGACUUCAUCGCCCAUCUUGUCGGCUUCGCCCUCAAACUCCGCAACUUAGGCGUCUCCGACCACGGCCUGAUAAGAGAACUCUCCACGCCGCUGGCGGGCAGCCUCUACUCGGGCGAGGGCCACUCGCGCCUCUACUACGACGACCAGGUCUACGACCUCGCCCUCACCCACGCCCUUGAGACGUCCGACGUCCGCCCCAACGUCCCCGCCACCGUCGCCCACCGCCGCGACUCGGCGGGCGGGGCUGGGGUCGGUAGUGCUUCCGUCGCGAACCCGAACCCAUACCACCUGCCCUGGAUCAUGCGCGGCCUGCUAGAGGAGGACUUUGUUCGCACGGAGCUGUCGUCCGAGACGGAGGAGCUGCUGCGACAGUUUGAUGACUGGAAGCCUGUUACCAAGGCGCUCAAGGAUGUCAAGUACCGGCUUGAGGCGAUUCGAUCAAAGUUGUGA